AUGGUUGCGAUUGUGCAGGGGAUAGAAAUGGGUUCUUUAGACGAUGGUUACGACGACCCAUUUGCUGGAAUUUACGAGCCAUUUUCUGGGUUAAAUGAGAUGGAUUUUGAGCUGCACGGGAUUUACAUGGAUCAUGAACCACGACAUGAGUUUGUAUCAAGGCUUGAUAAAUGUAAGGAUCAUUUUCUUAACAUUCUACUUUGUGAUGCGAACAUUAGAAAUGCACGUAUGACUGAUGAGGUGAAAGAUCAAGUAGACCAUUAUAAUGAUUUGAAAAAUGAUGAAGAGGCAGAGGAAGAAGUGACUAACAAAUACAGAAUACAUGAUCCAAAUGUUAGGUGGGAUAAGAUGGAACCUAAGUUAGGGGACGUGUUCGAAUCACCUGCACAACUGAAAUUUUGUGUGACAAAUUAUGUAGUAAAUGGAGGGUACCAAAUAUACUUUCAAAAGAGUGACAAUAGAAGAAUUGUUGCAAGAUGUGGUGAGAGACAUGAAGAUAAUAAAUGCCCUUUUAGACUUUAUGCAACACGGAUGUACAAUGACAGAACCUUUCAGGUUAGAAGGGCAAAACAGUGGGCAAAAGAACUGAUUGGGGGUAAAUUAAAUGAACACUAUGCAAGAAUUUGGGAUUAUGCCCAAGAGUUAUUGAUAUCAAACUUUGGGUCUACAUGCAAAGUUGGUGUUACUAACAAUCCAGAUGAUAAGAAUUAUUUUAAAAGGUUUUACAUAUGUUUCAAAUCUUUAAGUGUUUGCUGGAAAAUAAGGUGUAGGAAGGUAAUAGGGUUGGAUGGAUGCUUCCUAAAGGGUCAGGUAAAAGGUGAAUUACUCAUAGCCAUAGGUAGAGAUGCUAAUAACCAGGUGUUCCCAAUAGCUUGGGUUGUUGUUGAUGUGGAAAACAAGGAUAAUUGGACAUGGUUUCUGGAGCUUAUGAAGGGUGAUAUUGACCUUGGUACUGGUGUAGAUUUGGUUGUUAAUUCUGAUCAACAUAAAGUAAGUUCCCUUAUAAUUAUAGUAUAUUUCAAUUUGAUUAUUUCAAUAUGGUUAUAA